UAAAGAGUCUGUCUCUUUAAGACUUGUAAAAUUCAGUCCUGGUCCAAAUAAAGGCAACAGCGCAGUGGUAUCUGUGUCGACUUCAUACUUCUGAAUAGUUCGGUUCGACUCUCCUCAGAGCCGUGAGUAAAGCUACAGUCACCAUGGCAGACGCUCUGGCUAAAGUCCCUGACGUGGAGAUCGAUCCUGAAGGAACCUUCAAGUACAUACUGGUCAGAGUGAAAGUAAAAGACGGCGAAGCCCAUAAAGACAUAGUCCGUGGCACAAAAAGCGCCCAGUACCAUAAUCACAUAUUUGAGAAGAUCAGUCCGGCUGUGGAGGUCUUGGGGCUGGAGUGUCAGUGCCUUGGAGGAGGAAAGAUCGAGCACAACAACCAGGAGAAAAAACUGAGGGUGUUUGGAGAAUCGACAGGAUAUGGUAAAGCUGAUCAUUCAGUGACAGUGGAAAAGUUGAAGACAGUCUUCAGCAACUAUGACAUCACAUGGUCUGAUGACACAAAAUAGACAAGUUAUUUGAUAUCCAUCUCAUUACAAAGUUCAAACUAAGAAUCAGAAGCAUACGCCUAAACGUAGAUUUUGAGUGUUUUCUUGGGAUUCUGUACUAAGCACAGAUACUGUCUGAUGUGACAAAAAGUUAUUUAUUUAUUAUAGAUUAAACUCUUUAAAAUAAAA